AUGUCUUCAAUGACUCAAGUCAAGGAAACAAAUCAGCGUUUGGAGCAGCGCUGGUUCUUGAUAAAUCUCGAGGCUGCCAUCGAUGCCCUUGACGUGCACAAACUUAACGCCACAAAACUCAAGGAAUUGAACUUGAACGUCAAGCUUUGCCGUAUGACUCUCGAUCAAAACUCAGAGUUCAAGCCUCACUUCUUCGCACCAAGACCUAACCUCCCGCAACCCAGCGAUGAGAUACUCAACGAGGCCUGUUUAGUUGGGGACCCUGAGCAAUGUUUUACAGACCCAUACUCUCGUGCGUAUGCUAUUCACACCGAUUGGAACUCGUAUGCCUUCCACCAAGUACGUUUCGAUGCUCAUGGGCCGUGGUGCUCAAAGGAGCCCAUCGACUACACCCCUUACAAGGACCUGUAUCAGCAUGACGAUCCCUCAUUUGGCGCUUUCAGGAUGAUGGAUAGUGAGGGAAGUAAAUUCCCGCAUUUUAAAGCAGUCAUAUACAACGACCUGGAGGCGGACAAUGAAACUUGUUUCCGUGGUGAGCUCCUGAUCAGCCUUCGCCUAAUGUUAGGCCAAUUGAGAAAGCUGCGCUUGGCUCACCAUAAUAUAGCACCGGUUUUGCUUAUCUCAUUGAUGGGAAAGCGUGCACGUUUAUUGGAGUCCUAUUUUGACGAAAAAUCUAAAUCCCUCGUCGUGCGCUCUUCUGAUCUUUACGAAUUCUCCAACCAGACGUCGAUAUCGAAAGCGUUCAAGACCCUCGCCGAGUAUUUUCUCGGCGACGCUGUAGGGAAUACAGACUAG